AUGUCACGACCGCGGUCCCAAAACCAGAGAGCACGACCUACGGAGGACGAUAACAACGAAGAUAGUGAGAACAUUGGAAGUGACAGCGAAGAGAGCGAGAUGGAUGCAGAAGACUCGGGUGAAUCAUUGACUGUACAAGGGAAAUCGGGGAUCACAUAUGAUCUGGCCAAGCUGGAUUCCGCGUCAGAGGCCAGGGCGCUGGUUGGAUUCUCGAGCCAGUUCGAGGUCAUUAGCUGCUGCUCCAUGCAGACAGGUUACGACUUUCAGCUGGACGAGAAGGCUCGGGUGCACCUGGGUUCGGAUGCUUAUACGUGCACCUGUUCGGCAUUCUCUUGUCGGUCUAACGUGGCUUGUCAACACAUUUUUUGGCUUCUCGAUCGGGUUUAUGCCUGCCUCCUCCCCCAACUCGUAUCCUCUGUGGCCCCUCUCGCUAGCGAUGGUCGUCUUCCGAAUUUUUCGCGCGCCGAGCAGCUUCUCGAUGGUAAACUCGAAGCCGUUGCGGAUCAACUGGGCUGGCAGUAUGUUCGUUCUGAAGCAGUUGGUGGGAUGAGUCGUUCUCAGAAAGCUCGAGACCUCCUGUCUGCCUUCAGCAUGGGCGUCCUGCCGGAAGAUUUCCGCCUCGACCUGGUGGACGACACGGGGCUGUCACGCACGCCCGAGCAGUGCGUAGUGCAGGGUGACUUCGAAGCUACUUUGUUUCGACUCACCGUGCACGACGACACCGUCUACUCCAGCUUGUGCAAAGCGAUGCCCCCGGGAGCCUGUGCGGCAAUUUACUUCGACAAAAUUCAGGGACGCUCCCGCAAGCUGUUGGCCGACUUCGACCUCUUCUGCCAGACAGGGAAGAAGCCCGAGAGCGGAACGGACGUGGAUGUCGCCAAUGUUAUCCGGGAAUUACAGUACAACGUGGGUCAGAUUCAGUGGAAUAUUACCGCGCGCGCGCCGCACGGCAUGGAAGGCGCCGCAAAGGCCUUGGUCACACUGCUGGAAGACAUUUGCAACCGCAACAAGGACGCCUUGGAUGGCAACCGAUGGGGCCGGAAAUCGUUCCACGGAGAGGACGAGGAUGAGCGCAACGUGUAUCAUCAGCUCAUCGGCACGACCGACGAGACUGGCCAGUGCUUUAUCCUCGAUACCCUUGAGCAUUUGCAGGGGUCUGAUCUCCACCAGUUCGGAGCCAAGCUGCAUGCGAUCCUACACAAGAACGAAGUGAACCGAGCGCCGAGAGCAUUUCUUCUCAAAUUGAGCACGCUGGUGCGUCGAGCCGAGUCGGGUUCGACUGCCUCUGGACAGAAGCGUCAGGCUACGGGAGUGUCGGGAGGGAACAGCAAGCGAAGUCGUUGA